AGACGAACAGCCAUUACUUCUUGCACCAGGUGACACGUUGCUAAGCAGUGCCACCAGUCGAGGAACGAGAAGAACGCUGUCGCAUUCUGCUUCUCUGACUUCGUUGUUCAAUGGAAGACCCUCUGAACAAGGAAUGAGCAGUCCUGUGUGCAUCACAUCAAAAUCACCAGCCUUACUGGCUGGAUCACCUCUACACAAUGGACACGACCUCCAGAAGCUGGCGCCGCGAUUAGAUUCAACUUCUCAACAUCAUCAACAAGGUCAUGAUCCACUCUUGGCCACCUCAAGAGGCUCAUUCCACGAGCUUUUCGCAAACACGAG